AUGCUAUGUCUCCUAACCCUUCAAAACUCAGGAUUGAAGAGAUUGUUGAACCCUCUUCUUGUUCUAGAAGGUUGUGUCUUGAAUGGAUCGACACAACCACAGUUGAACCCCCCUGUUUUAGAACCAAGAAUGCAAACCCCUACAAUGGAACCUAACAUGGAAUCCCCUAGUCAUAUUGAUGUUGCACAUAUUUCACCCCCUAGAAUGGAAUCCCCUAUUGAAGUUGAAUCUGGGAGAGAACCAAAUAUGGAACCCCCUAUUAUGGAAACCUUUAGUGAAGCCCUAGGUGGCUCUAGUGAUAGUGAGGGUAGUGGAGAUUCAACUGAUAGUGAGGAUAGUGAUUUCAUUAUGGAUGAGGAUAACUUGUUGGAUGAUCCUGAGGUGGACAUGCAUGAUUUCUACCUUAACAUUGAUGAUAAUUUGGAGUGGGUUGGUGAUGCCCCCUAUUACAACAGAGAAUGUAGCAAUGUCUAA